AUGGUUCCUCAAGGUCAACAUAGAGGUAGAUUUAAUGCACCAUCUCAAGUAAAAAUGGCUGUAGUAAUGAUUGGAGAAGAAUAUGGAAAUCGCGAUAUAAUUUUAUCUAGAAAAGACGAAAAGUUACAACGAAUAAGUGAAACUCAUAGGUCUUAUGAUUCUCUAGAAUAUCCACUGAUAUUUCUACACGGUGAAGAUGGUUAUGCUAUUGAUAUUUUGUCAUUUAAUGUUAAUUUAAAUGAAUACAAUAGUCAUAAAACUGUUUCUUCAAAACAUUAUAGACUGAUGGUGAGGCAUCAGGCAUCAUAUCUACAAUAUCAUUUACAUAAUUAUAGAAAACUUAUUAAUAAAUAUUGGGUUGAUAUGUAUGCCAAAAUAGAAUCAGAACGGCUUUUAUUUAUACGGAAUAACCAAUCAAAAUUAAGAGCGGAAGAUUAUAUUCAUUUACGUGAUGCUAUAGAAAAUGAUGGUCAAGUGAAUGACAUUGGACAACUUUUUAUUUUACCUUCUUCAUUUACAGGAGGUCCAAGAUACAUGCACGAAAAAACUAUGGAUGCCAUGACUUACGUUCGGAAUAACACCAAACUUCCACUAUCAAUCAACGAAAAUAAAAUAUCAGAAAUAAAGGUAAAACAGUUUUUCGACAUUUACCAAAAAUCACUGCGUUUGGAGAUUGCUGAAUUUGCUACGUAA